AUGAAAUUUACAUUGCCAAAAGUCGAAAUUCCGUCCGUCACAUUGUCAGACAAUCAAUGUGCCUCUUUUAUUGAGGAAGCCGACACCGUCGUGAAAGAGAUCGUGGCAGCAAAUGAUCUUUUCAUAGCUAAGGGAUACACGAUUGGAUACCCUGACUGGAAACGUAUUCGAACAAAAGAAGGAGUGCAAGUAUAUCGACAACGAAAAAAAGCGAUUAAGCAGCGUCCACCCACUUCACAAUUACCACCAGUACUUCAUCAUCCAUCACAGCCAAGAGAACAUGAGUUUUCUCGAUUUGGUAGUGUCAAUAGCUACAGCAGUGUUGAACUGGAAAUUGAAGGCCACGAAUCCUCUUCGUCUUCGUCUGGAAUUGCUGGAAACAGCAUAAUGGAAAAAAUGAGACCACAUGGUGUAGCACUCAUAGCCUUGCAUGGCACGAUGGAUGGCACUGUAGAUGACUGUUUGUUUGGGAGUAUUGCGACUACCGACGAAGCAUGGAUACUGCGAAGCUCACACAUCAAUGACCGGAUUAAAGAUGCUCGCCUUCUUGCGACUAUCCGAUCGCCAACUCGUACGAAUCCUUGUCAAUUUCUUGGAAUUAAAUGGUUUGCAAAUGAACUACCACCCUUGCUUACGGGUGUUGUCCAUCAACGCGACUUUAUUAUCAUUGAGUCUUUGGGCUUUACGAGCGACUCGAAAGGUGAAAGAGUUGGUUACGUAUUAAUGCACUCCAUCAUUUUGCGGGACAUUCCAGAGCUCACGCAUUUGGGAAUCGUCCGUGGAAGUAUGAGUUUCUGCUUCAUCUUUCGUCAAGGGGGACCAGGUAAAGUCGACAUUUUUUGUCGUGGGUUCCUUGACUCACGCGGCGAGAUACCGAGUCGUCUCGCUCUUUCAAUUGCAACAGAUGCUGCGAUUUGCUGUACCAGUGUUGUCGACUUCGCGAACAUUAAGAAACUCCGAUGGCUCAUGAAACACGCAAACAUCCAACCGGCUGAAAAUACGCCCCCUCAACAUUGUGAAGCUUGUGCCAAGAGUUUUGGAAAAUUUUCUUUACCGUUCUCCAACACAAGUGUUUUGUGUCAAAUUUGUCGCAAUGUGAUCUGUUCAAAAUGUAGCGUGAACAAGAAGAUGACCGUCCACGUGCCUGAUUCAGGAUCAAUCCAACAAUGCUUGCUUAAGUUUUGUCUGCGAUGCAUGUAUAAAGCAAAAGAAAAAUCGAGCUGGGAGCUAGCCAUAGAUACUCUCGAGGAUUCAUUAACUUCGCCGUCUGUUACUAUAACAUCGCAUCUGUCACAGUAA